AUGGUUAUGUUGAAGAUCUCUGCUUUCCUUGUUGCCUACGCCCUGGUCAUUUGCCAGAUGUACUGCUCACAAGCCGCCCCUGCCAGACCGGGUUUAGAGUCCAUAUCAGACCGUGUCACGCUCACGGACUACGAGGCGCGAAGGUUACUCAACGCCAUCGUGAAGGAGUUUGUGCAGAUGACAGCGGAGGAGCUGGAGCAGCAGGCGACUGAAGGAAACAGCAGCGUUACAGCACAGAAGCGAGCCUGCAACACAGCGACCUGCGUGACUCAUCGCCUGGCCGACUUCCUCAGCAGGUCGGGAGGAAUGGGCAACAGCAACUUCGUCCCCACCAACGUCGGCGCCAAGGCCUUCGGCAGGCGGAGGAGAAGCGUCCAGAUGUAA